UUUAUUUGGUCAGCUGAUUAGUCUUGUGAGUUUUUAAGGCAAGUGCACAAUCCUUUCUCAUCAACUAAAUUCAUCUUUUUGUGGCCCCAUAACAUUAAUUUCCAGUCGAUAUGUCUGCGAGUGAUAGAUUACCGAUAUUUCCUUCCAGAGGAGCUCAAAUGUUGAUGAAAAUCAGGCUAAAGGGUGCUCAGACCGGCCACAGUCUAUUAAAAAAGAAGGCCGAUGCUCUACAAAUGAGAUUCCGUAUGAUUUUGGGAAAAAUCAUUGAGACCAAAACCUUGAUGGGCGAAGUAAUGAAAGAAGCCGCAUUCUCCUUGGCCGAAGCCAAAUUCACAACUGGCGACUUUAAUCAAGUCGUUUUGCAAAACGUCACAAAGGCGCAAAUCAAAAUCAGAACCAAAAAAGACAAUGUUGCUGGUGUUACUCUUCCAGUUUUUGAGUGCUACCAAGAUGGUACUGAUACGCACGAAUUGACUGGUCUGUCCAGGGGUGGUCAAGCGGUAUCUAAAUUGAAGAAAAACUAUCAAAAUGCUGUAAAGCUUUUGGUUGAAUUGGCUUCAUUGCAAACUUCGUUUGUUACUUUGGAUGAAGUGAUUAAAAUCACCAAUAGAAGAGUAAACGCUAUUGAGCAUGUAAUCAUUCCAAAAAUCGAAGCCACUCUGCAGUACAUCAUUUCCGAAUUGGACGAGGUUGAAAGAGAAGAAUUUUACCGUCUAAAGAAAAUCCAAGACAAAAAGAAGAUUUUCAGAGCAAAAGCAGAAAAGAUCAAGGCCGAACUUAAGGCUAAAGGACUGCUUGAGGAGGAAGCUCAAGCAUCUGCUAAUAUUUUGGAAGAGAGGGAUGAGGAUAUUCUUUUUUAAAUGUUUACUUAUUUGGUGGAAAAUAAAUAAAAUUGUUUGAAGGGCUGCAAUUAAGUCUAAAAUAAGCCUCUUAAACAUACAUAAUACUAACUUGCAUAAAAUAUAUCAUUCCAAAUCCAUUACAUUUGAAUUUGACUAUUGUUUUCAAAUUCAGAGUUUUUUUGCUGAAGGAGUCAUCCAUUUUUUUUAGCAGUUUCAAACCUAAAUAUUAUUAGGUUCAAUUUUAAAAGUCUGUGUCAGGGCAGGCAGUAUCAAGUAAUUUAAUUUCAUCCUCAUUUAGGAACCUUUGCUCUUAUGCAGAAAAAUAUAUUGUAUUAUACCUAUCUUAAAAAAUAUUUGGAUUUUUUAGUGUUGUCAUUAAGUAUUGUUAAUAUAAUUAUUUUGAAAUAGUAUUAAACUUUGUUUCAUCAAAGUAAACCAUUUAUGUUUAAAAACUUGCAUCUGUAUUUUUAUGUUUUAUUUUGUUGGUCAAUAAAUUUAUA